AAAGUCACAUAAAUCAACUAAAACUAAGACGGAUAAAGAUCAACCAGUGAUUGCUGAAAACACUAAGUCAUUUAAUAUCGUCGAGCUUAAUGUCGACUGUUUGUUUUUGAUUUUUAAGCAUGUUGACUUGAUGGAUCUCAUUUCGAUAAAGGAAUCUUGUACACAUUUUCAGGGUGUAGUUAGUGAUAUCCUCAAGCAAUAUAAAUAUUUUAAUUUUGAAGUGGUGCCUUGCGGGGAAGAUGGCUUAACGAUGUCUAUUGCGAGGAAAAUACUGGUGGAAUUAGGGCCCAACAUUGAGCGCCUGUCACUGCCACGAAACAGAUUCGCAAAAAUUGGAGUAAAUAUUCUGAAACUGAUUCCCGGUUACUGCUUACAUCUGACGGAGCUGGAGAUUCUUUAUUUUCCUAUGAACGCCAAAACCUUGAAGAGCCUGCAAGAAGUUUUGAAGUCUUUAAACAUUUUGAAACUGAUCGAUUGCAAUAUUGGUGAUAGUAUUGAAGAAACCCUUAUCGCUGCUAAUCAUCUAUCGAAUUUGGACCUAUCAUAUAAUAAUCAAAUGACUGGAAAAUGCUUGAGAGCCAUCAGAAAUAUACAAAGUCUUAACUUAGAAGGAUGCACUGAAAUCCAAGAACAAUCAUUCUGCACCUUUCUAAGUAACAACAGGGCCCUCAAACAUCUCAACAUUAAAUAUUGCUAUCGGCUAGCAGGAACAUCUAUGGAAUCUAUCGCACAAAACAUGAGUGAAUUGACCAGUCUAGUAUGCUCCUAUCAGCCUCGAGCAAAUUUUGCGCUGAUAGCGAAACUCACCAAGCUUCGUAGAAUUAGUCUACACAUCCUCGAAUGGUCGAUUGAUUCACUGCUCAUAGAGCUUUCGGGCUGUAACUCAAUUGAGUGCAUAGAACUAGAGGAUGACGUAUUGUUCGGUGUCGACUACGCAUUGAUACAGAAAAUGACCAACCUAAAAGAAUUGUAUCUCAAUUAUAAGAUGGACUUCGGAGAUGAGCAACUUGCUAUACUAAGCCAAAAAGACAACUUCAGGCAGUUGCAUAUUGUUGGUUGCAUACAUAUUACCGAGAAUCAGUUAGUCGAAUUCAUAGGAAGGAACCCGUUGCUAGAAACUUUGGAUAUUUCCUACUGUCAGGUCACCGACAAGUUGCUGUUCGCUGUGAUUGAGAUGCUGGAAAAAAAAAAGUUAAUGCAGGCGAUGUGUCCACCAUCUCGCUAACUUAUACCAAACCGCUGAAGAUGAUCGUUGGCGAUACUGCUAUCCAGAGGAGCAUUUUGAAUGGAUGAUCGCGUGAGGAGUAAGCAACAUCUCGUGAAGCUUUCAUUCAGUUGCAGCGCUGCUUUCUUCAGUAAAUAGAAACAAGUCAACUCCCGAAGUGGCGUUUCGUGAGUAAG